AAGUUACUUGGACUGUCGUACUUGCUAAUAAGAAAGCAGCACAUACAAGCUUUUUUCGUAUUAUGCAUUAUAAUGAACGUGAUCCUAAGCGGAAUGCUGAUUGGCCUUAUGAUAGGUCUACGUUAGUGGCAAUAAAAAAGGAAACUCUGUCCUCUGGUGAAACGUUUAUCGUCAUGGAACUCAAUUUAGGCAAAAUUAUACUUGAGAACUCAGGAAGUUUGUUAAUCAUUGGUGGAAAAGGAGCAUCUGGAUCGAUUAAAGAUGAUGCCAUUGUAAAAAUCACUAUUGAUAACGAUGAACCUAAAGAGAUAACUAAUCUAGAGGGCAAAUCAUGGGUCCUUGUGGCGCCUCCAAAGUAUGCACCAGGUAUUCUUAACCUGGUACCAUUAUAUCAAGUUAUAUUAGAAACACUGCAUCCUAUUGAUCCAGAGCAUCUGAUCGAUCCUGAAGUUGUAUUCGAUCUAGAUAAUCCAGUUGAGGAAUACCCCAAG